UGAAUUGCUAAUUUUCCUCAAUUAUCACAUAAUUAUUGGACCUAUAUAUAAACAUAUUUCAUGAAUCCAAUAAUCUAUUUCUAGCCUCACAAUUCUCCACCAUGAAGUUUCAAGCCAUUGGUCUGCCUAAUGCAAAAUACACACAACCAAACAACACCUACAAAAAGGGUAUUCUUCUAGCCCUCACCUUGCUUCUGCUCACCACAAUCCCUCUCUGUAUAAACAAUAGCACAACUUCUCCAUUGCCAUCUCCUAACAGCAACAUUACCAGUGGAUUAAAAACCCUAGAAGAUGAAGACCAAUGCCAAAUACUUAGUGGGAGUUGGAUUCCAUAUCCAGAUGGACCUGGUUACUACACAAAUGAAACUUGCAAUUUCAUCAUUGAUCAGCAUAACUGCAUGAAGUUCGGGAGGCCUGACGUGGAGUUCAUGAAAUGGAGGUGGAAGCCCGAAGAUUGUGAGUUGCCAUUGUUCGAUUCUGCUCAGUUCUUGGAGCUUGUUGGAGGGACGUCAUUAGCAUUCCUUGGUGAUUCUGUAGGAGGGAAUCAAAUGCAGUCCUUGCUCUGCCUUUUGUCCAAUGUGACUUAUCCUGAGGACAUUUCUCGCAAGUAUUCAACAAACACAGAUUACUCCAAGCGCUAUGUAUACCAUGACUACAACUUCACUAUGGCAUAUUUCUGGGCACCCUACUUGGUUAAAUCUAGAGAUGCCGACCUGAAUGGCCACGGCCUCAACAGCCUCACGAGGCUCUACUUAGACGAGCCCGACGAGAGAUGGGAAACUGAGGUUGAAAAUUUCGAUUAUGUCAUCGUCUCAGGAGGGCAAUGGUUCUUCCGGCCGCUGAUAUACUACGAAAAUGGUCGCGUCAUUGGGUGUCACAAGUGCGGACGAGACGACAUGAAAUCUUUUCUCACGUACUACGGGUACAAAAAAGCAUUCCGAACAGUGUUUAGGACCCUUCGGAACCUCAAAAACUACAAAGGGGUGACGUUUUUGAGGACGUUUUCUCCGUCACACUUCGAAAACGGGGCGUGGAACGAGGGAGGGAAUUGUCCGAGGACGAGGCCUUUCAGCAAGGAAGAAAUUAAGCUAGAUGGGUACACUUUGGAGAUGUAUUUGACACAAGUGGAGGAGCUAAAAGCAGCAGAAAAGGAAGGUAUGAAAAGAGGCCUUGAAUUUAGGUUAAUGGAUACAACCGAAGCUAUGUUGCUGAGGCCUGAUGGACAUCCAAACUUCUACGGACACUCACCUCACCGGAACAUGACUAUUGCUGACUGUGUCCACUGGUGCUUGCCUGGCCCCAUUGAUACGUGGAAUGAGAUUUUGCUGUAUAUGUUGAAAUCCGGGCACAAAACAUCCUGACGCGAAGAAGAAGCUCCGUUCCGUGCCCUUCGGAUGGGAUGUUACUCUUGCAAUAUUAAAAUACCAACACGAUACAUGCAUGGUUAGCUUGACAUAUUGUCACUGCAACAACCUAGAAUAAAUUAUAAAAUAUACUUGAUGAAACGUUAUAUGUACACAUUGUUUAUAUUUUAUACACAUUUAUAUUUUGUAUA